UGCUGGGCCUCCAUCAACCUGGGAGUCCUGCUCUGCAUCGAGUGCUCUGGCAUACACAGGAGUCUGGGAGUUCACUGCUCCAAGGUGCGYUCACUAACACUGGACUCCUGGGAACCAGAGCUACUCAAGUUGAUGUGUGAGCUGGGUAACAAUGUGAUUAACCGCAUCUAUGAGGGAGCCUGUGAGGAACUGGGAGUGAAGAAACCUGGACCUUCCAGUCCCAGACAAGAGAAGGAGGCGUGGAUCAAGGCUAAAUAUGUGGAGAGGCGUUUCCUGAAGAAGAUGAGCGUCAGUGACUCAUUAGUGGAAGGCGAGAGGAAGUCCCGCCCCUGGAGCGUGAAGAAGUGCCAUCGCCACAACAGCUCCAUGCGAGGAGCGCCCAAAACCCGCCGGAAAUACCGACACGACCCUGGUUUGAUUUCACCGGGAAACCUCUCCGCAGCGGCAGCAAAGCUCCGUCGUGACUCUCUGUURUGUCCUGAUGAGAUGGARAACCUCUUCUCCUACUUCGACACCGGCAACGGCACCCGCA